UUUAUACAUUACAUUCUUUGCACUUUCUGCGCACUCAAUUCCUUUAUAAAUGCAUAAAACUCGUGUUCAUACGUUUGAUUAACGCUACCUAAUUAUAUUCAGUCUUCUUUCGCUUAAAAAACAUGCAUUUUUGAUUUGCGUCGAGUGGGACGCACAUGCGAUAUGACCCAGGUUGGCUGUUCUAUGCAUAUUUUACAAUCCUCGCAUACGCGCAGGUGUAAUUACGGAAUCAUCGAGAGGAGGGAAUAAACAGGUAUCAGAUCCGUCAAGUUAAUCCCGGGUUAACGACUGUCCGCAUUUGAGCGAAGACUCGAAUAUCGUCGUCGAGCUUUUUCCCCAUUUUCGUUCUUCCGUUUCCUCGCCCACGCGUGAUACGCGGCCUUCUCUUCCGUCCUUUCUCUCUGACGACGGGAUAAAUCUGAUGGUGCGGAAAAUACCUUCGUACCGUGAAUUUUCGUUGAUUUUUUCAAACCUUGUCCCGCGAAUAGGAAAAAAAUGCAUAAAGCUUCUUUGGGAUCCGAGCAUUGAAAUUCGAUUCUGAUAUUGGCUACAGGACAAUGGUUUACUUUUAUUCGUUUAUUUUUAGACUGACGGUGAAACGACAUCAAAAUUUUGAUUUGUUUAUGGCCCCGGUAAACAUUAUUUUAUUGCUGAGAAAGACGUUGAAACGGAAAUGUAAAUCAUGGCAACGCGCUGAGUUCUAAUAUCUAUUUUGAAAUUGUUUUCACACUCUCUACUUGAUUACGUAACCAAGAAUGUGCUCAUUGCCUUAACAAUCCGUAAUAAGCACGUUAUAUAUCAUUAGUCUGCGAGUUAAAAUUAGGAUAGAUAAUUGUAAGAGGAUUCGUUGUGAUGGUUCCAAUUACGUCGCGAGGCAACGCACGCGCUCGUUCCUCUAUAAGGUGUAAACGAACACCCAAUUAAAUUCGUACAAACAACGUCCGCUUCAUAAUGAAAUCUCGUUGCUCAAUUAGCGAAGACUUACGCUGCCAGAAGCUUUUCCAAAUGACUGGCAUUAUUAAUCCUUUAAAAAAAUAUAAUGAUCUCCCAUUAAUCAUCACUGUCUACCAUUAACUCUUCAAGUUUGAAGCUGAUCUUGAAAAUUUAUGUUUGAUAGACACCAUUUUCACAAACAAAUCCAUGGUUUAAGUAUUGAAGAUCCUCACACGGGCGCGGGAUUAAAUUGACAUGGCGUCUUUCUUGCUUCGGUUUUUUUUCUUUCUAAGAACCUUUUAACGCGUUGAAUAUUUAUUAGCUGUCUAAACCAUAGGAGAGCGCGUACCCGAAAUUUAAUAUUCAAGCAUAAUCUUUGAUGCAAACAGAGCAACGGUAUGAAAUGUUUAUUUGUCACAAAGAGUUCGUUUCGGUUCUCGUCGCACGAAAAUACCUUUUAUGCAAAUGCUUGCGCGACGAAAGUUCACACUUUCAUACUUUGUCUAUUUUCAUGAAAUUUAAAUAUAAAUGGGAAAAGGUUGGGUACAUCAUUAAACUGGGUAACGAAAUAAAUGUAGGUCGCAAUCAAGCUUGCCCGAGUCAAUACAAACUGUCAUCUGAAUUAUCACGAUAUUCAUUGAGUUCGCAAUUUCAUUGAUUUCAUAGAUUUCUCAUGUAGCAUUCAUGAAAUAGAGAAUUCAUUAUUAUUUGUAAAAUCUUCGACAAGUUAAACAAGUAGUACACAGUGGUUGGAUUAUUAACACGAAGAAUCAAUUAGUGUAAAAUCGUCUCAACUAUAAAAGAUAAUUCGUGAUGAUCGAGCUUUUUAAUAAUCCAUCAUCGGACGGUUCGUCGGCCGCGUUCAGCGAUCGAUCAAUUGAAACCUGGGACCGUUGAUUAACGAUCCGUGACACGAGUAAAUGGCAACUUAAAUAGACGUCACUGCCGCUGCAUCGUCCUCAGACUGCUGAUGAAGCUGACUGCGAUGUUGGCCAAACGUCAGAACGAUCUCCGAAAUGGACAUGACUCGUGCACGGAAUUAUUAUCCAUCGCGCUCGAAUUCGUUAACGGCGGAUUGGGACACCGCGAUCAACGGAAUCCUGGCGGUCAACGGGGGCGUCCAGAACUGGACGUUAGGCGCAGCUGCCAAGUGCAACAUUGACGAUCGUUCGGCGCUCCGUUGCAAGUUCAACACCGAUCUACAACUGGGCAUGAGCUUGCAGCAGAAGUUGGACGAGCACGUGAUGCUGACGCUGUCGUUCAACGUCGACUGCGGCAACGUGCUCAGGGGCGGUCACAAAGUCGGUCUGGCCAUCGAGAUCCAGGCGUGAGCCAAACCUCUUUUGUACAAACCACCUUCGACUUCGUAUUUUUCGAGUCCACUAUUGUGUCGAACCGCGUACCCAUUUGUUGUAUUCGAACGUCCACGAUUUGAUAUUAAAGUAGUAUUUUUAUCCGUGCGCUUUCUCAUUUGUUCGUCGAUAAAUUGUGUAUGUGAAAGAUGUACGAAAAAUUUCAUGAACCACUGGUCUGUUUUUAUGUAAUGUCUAACGAAGGAGACAAAGCCUAUGUGAAUAUAUUGAUUAAAUAAUAACUGACUGAAUCACAGUUUGUGUGUUUAAUGAUAAAUAACAGAGGAGUUAAUGAGCUCAUUUCAUUUUUUACAAUUAUUCCUAUUACUAAAUUACUGAACAAUGAAGACGUCGAGAGAUACGCUUGUACAAUUAUUUACCCAAAUUUUAUGUUCCAAUCGAUAUAUCAUGUAAUCAUUAAAAUACUCUGCAAUCUUAUACUGAAAAUGUUGCUUUAAGAUAAUGCAGGUACGUUACGUAACAUCCUGCAUUAUUUCAUCUUGUCUUGAUUUAGCCUUUGGCUAGGGAUCCUAGCAACGCGAAUAACGACGGUAAUAAUUGAUUUCGCUACCCGUUUUAGUAAAUGCGGUGACGAUUUUCGUUCGUCUCUGAUUUCCUUGACGUAUGUCACGUGGACGACGAUCAGACUGGUGUAUUUUAGUUGCCUCCGGUGCCGGCAACAGUACCAGAAAUUAAUGAAACCGGAACGUUAUCGAUCUCGUUCCCGACGCGUACACUUCCAUUGUUUUAGGCGAAAGAAGUAUCCCGAGUACAAUACCGCGCCGUUGCUUUCCGAGCGCGUGAAUUUUUCUUCUUCUGCCAACUUAAAGGGGAUCGUUCGUUCCGAUUCGUAUUGGCACGUUAAUUCCCUGCGAUUGUUCUUGAUUAAAUUUAAUUAUGCGAUAUUCGAGUGAAUUUUG